AUGGCCCUCAUAGAGCUCACUGGUUAUGGUGAGGCUGCAACAACAAAACCGGUAUUGGCACUGGUCGCAAUAUGUGGCAUUCUAUUAGGCUCGUGGCUCAGGGCUGUGCUCUUUCCCCAUGGCAAUGCUGCGGUGAAAGCUCCUAUUGUUGGCCUGAGAUGGGCUUACCCCGCGAGGGUUCAGUAUCUCAACAACGCAAUGAACCUCCUUCAAGAAGGAUAUCGUCAGCUGGGGCUCUUUGUGCCUUUGAUAUGUGAAGAAAUGAAAUGGGCAUUGACGCAAGAGAUACCUCCGUGCAAAGAUAAAUGGGUUUCCGUACUUGGGUUUGACACCGUAGUAAAGUUGGUUGUGCAUGAUUUCGCACGAAUAUCAGUUGCCUCCUUGGAGCGCAACAAGGAAUGGAUGGAAAUCCAAAGAAUGUUCCCGGAGAACGUUUUCCGAGUUGCAAUUCAAAUGAGGGUCAUUCCGCCCUACCUUAAACGCAUCUCAUCAUAUCUCAUGCCCGCUAGUUGGGCCGUCUCUCGGAAUCUUCACAACGCGCAAAGACUAAUCACACCCAUUGUGGAAGAGCGCAGGCGAAUGGAAACAGUGAAAGAUCCAGAUUACAAACCACCAAAUGAUUUUCUGCAAUGGUUAAUGGAUGAGGCGUGGAACGAGCGGGAUGGACAACCGGCAGAGCUAGUCCAUAGACUACUUGUUUUGGCAUUGGCGUCUGUUCAUACAACUUCUAUGACGGCAACUCAGGUUCUUUAUGACAUUAUUGCUCAUCCAGAAUACCUCGAGCCACUUCGUGAAGAAAUCUUGCAAGCUCUAAAGGAGGAUGGCGGCUGGCAGAAGACGACACUCACAAAAAUGAGGAAGCUUGACAGUUUCAUGAAAGAGUCACAACGACUAAACGGUCCCAGUCUUAUUGGUUUCAAACGUGCUGCGAUGGAAGACAUAACGCUUUCCGACGGCACAGUACUUCCAAAGGGUGUUCAUAUGGUAGUGCCUGUCGUGCCGAUUUCUCUCGAGUCUGUAACUCCCGAUCCUGGUGUUUUCCAGGGGUUUCGCUUCUAUUACGAGAGGCAAAAGCCGGGAAAAAGCAACCUUCAUCAAUUCGCCAUGACUGAUAAGAACAACAUGCAUUUUGGUCAUGGAAAAUACUCCUGUCCUGGCAGAUUCUUUGCAGCACAUGCCAUCAAAAUCCUGAUUGCUCAUCUUAUCCUCAACUACGAUUUCAAAUUUCCAGAAGGCAAAUCGCGACCAGGAAAUUUGUUAGCUCAUGAGUAUUGUUUUCCAGACCCUACAGCACACAUUUUAGUGAAGGAACGAGAUGGCCCCUGGAGUAUAUGA